AUGACAGCACUUGAAGAAGAUCGGAUAGUUGAGGAUGAUUCCCCUGCUGCACCAAAGAAUGUUGUUGUCCAGAUGUCAAAUACUGAUCAUAUCACAAGUAAGUCAACCUCAUCUUUUGCCAAGCAGCAUAUGGACAUUGCUCAAGAGAUGAAAAAUGAUAAAGAACUGCAGCAGGAACCCACUGCAAAGUACCCUCAGCCAAUGAAAUUUCGAGGACCAAAAAAUGAAAGACAGGAAGCUGUGGUGAAAGCAUUUCACCAUGCCUGGAAUGGAUACAAAAAGUAUUCUUGGGGCCAUGAUCAUCUUCUUCCACUUUCUCAGUAUCACCAAGAUUGGUUUGACAUGGGGCUGACACUUGUUGACUCUAUUGACACAAUGUACAUAAUGGGACUACAAGAAGAAUUUCAGGAGGCUCGAGAGUGGGUAGCUAAUGGUUUGAAUGUAGCUGUCAAUGAAUAUGUGAAUCUUUUUGAAGUUAUCAUUCGAGUUCUUGGUGGUCUUCUGAGUGCAUAUCAUCUCUCUGGUGACCCUCUAUUCUUGACAAAGGCAGAAGAGUUGGGUCAGAACCUCAUGCCAGCCUUUGCCCUUAGUGGAAGUGGAAUUCCAUUGUCAGAUGUGAACCCAUACUCUCGGCAUGCAAGGAGCCCCUCAUGGAGCACUGCUAGCAGCACCUCAGAAGUUACCACAAUUCAGCUAGAAUUGCGUGCUUUAUCUAGAGCAACUGGAAACCCUUUAUUUGAGAAAGCAGGUAUGAGAGUGAGUGAAAUUGUCCAUGAGUUGCCAAAGAUGUCAGGCCUAGUACCCAUCUUCAUCAAUCCAAAGACAGGGAAGUUUCAGCCUCACGCAACCAUCACACUCGGAGCUCGAGGUGAUUCAUACUAUGAGUAUCUUCUGAAGCAAUGGUUGCAGACUGGAAAGUCCCUCCCCAUGUUCAAAGAUGACUUCAUUGAAGCUUUCAAGGGGAUCAAGAGUUUCUUGGCCAGGAGGACAUUUGUCAAUAACCUCCUCUUCAUAGGAGAACUGAAGAGUGGACAGGCUGCCACUUUUUACAAGAAAAUGGAUCAUUUGACUUGCUUUCUGCCUGGGACCCUUAUCUUGGCUGUGGAGAAUGGUCUCCCUGAGUACAUGAAAUCCUUUGGAGAGGAACUUCUCAAAACCUGCUACCUGACAUACAAAUGGAAUCCCACUUUCCUAGCUCCAGAAAUCACUCAUUUCAACUUUGAGGCCUUUGAGAAGUACACAAGAGUGGAGCAUGGUUAUUCUAGCAUCAAGGAUGUUCGUAAUCCUGAAAACCCAGGAUAUAAGGAUAAGAUGGAGUCCUUCUUUUUGGGAGAAACCCUGAAGUACUUCUAUUUGCUUUUCUCUGACACCCCACAUGAGUUUGAUCUUACCCAAUGGGUGUUCAAUACAGAGGGUCACCCACUUCCCAUCUUUGAUUCAUGA